GCUGUGGAAAUAUAUCGUUACUGCUGCAGCCUCCUUACUGCCGCCGUGUGCAGCAUGAGUAAUAAUAGGGUCGGCUGCGUGGUGUUGACAGAAGUUAAUGUUGUGACUUACGGUUGCCACGUACAGAAUGGGGUGACGAGUGACUGCGCGGCGCCCCCAGCAAACGCCGUGCCGCUCACCACAGGGGAGGGCGCGAUACUGUGGGCAUGCAGCGAGAUUCACCUGACGUGGAACAACCAGUACAGAGUGUUUUCGUCUGGCUGCGAGGACAAAAGCGAGAUUGAGGACUGGAUGGUGUGCGAAGAUAGCGCAGAUGAAAUAGUGAAGAGCAACUGUACUGACCCCCUCCUAACGUAAAUAACGCCGAGAUGGAGACACUAUGGGAUGGAGUGGCUGUCCUCUACAAGUGCAACAGGCCAGGCAAUGAAUGGAUAUCCAGGGCCAAGGAAAAGCUCUCCCAGUGUCACAAAGGCAACUGGACGCCAAUACUGGACAUGUGUGAUGAAGCCUGUCCCUUGCCCCGAGACUGCAGUGAUGUCAAUGCUUUGGGCCACACCGAGCCAGGAGAAUUCCACAUCUAUCCUGCUGACGAGAAAAUCUAUGACCCCCUUAAGGUACACUGCAAACUAUCCACCGAGGAGGCUGAGAAAGGCUGGUUACUGGCUGCCUACACGGAUCCUUCCCAGGCGGCCCACGCGGUGGCUCCUGAUGAUCCGAUGAAUGGCUUUGGCACGCCAGACGUGUCACCUUACUUCAUUGGACUGAAACAUCUCGUGGCUCUGAACUGGGACAGCGACUCUCCUCGACCCCUCGUGUUUCAGUUCGAGGUGACGCUUGCUGGAGAGCCGCGCCACGCCACCUACACCCACGUUCUGAUUGCGCGUCAGGAACCCUGGAACUUCACCUUGGGCGCCCGCUACCACGGCGACGCAGGCGACUCCUUCUCUCCAAACGAAGGAUACAACUUCACCAUGGCCGACCAAUCCUGGUGGUGGGACGGCGGCGACCUCAAGAGCUUCUUCCACAAAUCGUCCCCGCUGUGGCUGGGGGAAAGUGUCGCAGAGAUGAGGCUGUAUGUUCGCCCGACUGAUUAUGACGAAGAGAGAUCCUGCCCGGCGCUGGUAGGCACUCAAACCAACCCAGCCUGGCGCCACACACAAGUCACCGUGCCUAGAUCUAGAGCGCCGGGAACCACUGUGGCGUUUAACUGCACCAAAGCAAUGUGGACAGCAUGGGGGGGAGUUAAUGAAAGUGCCAGCGACAUCGGCACCACUACGGAGGGAAUGGAGGGCUCAAGACGUACCUCAGGUGUAGUGGAGUGUAUGGCUAAUGGUACUGGGAUGACGCCUCAAUGGGAUGUUACACUGGAGCUGCCCUGUGUGUUAACGUGUCCGGACAACUACAACGAAACGGAAGACGGGGAGAACUGCCUUCGAUUCCACCACUCCGGCGCUGACUUCGGCAUUACAUCAGCAGCCCUCGAGUGUCAUCAGGACGGAGCUUCCCUCACGCCAACAGACAGACUGGCCAACAUCUCCCUCUUCGAGCCUGAUGUCUACUACUACACCGCCUCCGUCAGCAAGUCGGACACCUGGUCACCUACAACUGACAUCACCUGUGCUGCUGACGAGAACUGCACGGUGUCGGAGAGUCAAUGGUGCUACACGGUGAAGGCUGGACAAGAUGGCGUUCUGGAGGGCAGGGCACAAGACUGUCUCCAAAAUGACACUGGGUUUAUUUGUACUCUGCCAGCUUGGUGCCCCGAUGACUACAAGGAGUACCAAGGGCUGUGUUUCAAGGUGUCAUCCCAAUAUGGUAACAUCCCGGAGCAGCGGCCUGACUACACAAAGGGCAUGAUGGACUGCAUGGCCGAGGGCGCCGCGCUGGCUUUCCCCGAGACUAUUGGCGCCCUGAACUUUAUCGCGGGACUUGUUAGGGAGAAAGAAAAUGCGCAACAAGGACAAAACCUCAGCGCUGAACAGACAGUGAUGGUGGCUCUCUAUGGAAGCUGGACGGGCGGGGGCGUGUACAGCCCUUCAUCAGAGGUGGUGCAGCUGGCAGGGCAACACGAGAAAAAGUACCACCGCCUCCUGAGGGUGCCACAGGAAUUUGCUGGGAACCUGACACUGGACCAGAUGUACAGGGAAAUUACGAACACAUCUGUGGACUACGUGGCGUGUCAGCUGUACGGCCUGGCAGCCUGUACAGGAGACCCACCCUCUGCCCCAGACAAUGCCACCUUAAUACAUCCAGUUCUGAACCAUCGCUACAAUACCUAUAUUGGCUACAGCUGCUACCCUGGUUACUUUGUGCUGGGGAAUGUUUCUUGGCCUGACCAGUGGGCCCAUUGCUCGGGAGAGAUGGGUGGCUGGGAGUAUUACUAUGCGAGUGAGGAGAAACCUUUCCUUGACUGUUCCCUGGUGGAAGUAUGCAACGAGACAACCAUCUUAGACAUCGUGGGUCCUUACCCCAACGUCACCUACUCCACCAACCACCGCUACCUCAAUGGCUCAGUCACCAUCGUCUGCCCACCUGAAGUCAUCACCGCCUUGGGUAAUGACACACAGAUCACCACCUGCUCCUUGGAGAACAACACGUACAACUAUUACCCUGAAGUCAUCCCGUGCAACGUGUGUGACAGCCAGCCUGACAUCAGAGGACACAACAUAAGCUGGAGUGAGAACCAGACCUAUGUGGCCGAGGACAGAGUGAAUGCCACCUGUCUGGAGAACUACCGGGGAGCAUGGGGCCAGGAGGAGCUGCAGAUUGUGUGCUCAGAGCAUGGCUGGUGGAUGACGAGCUUCUGCCACCCUGCCUGCCCAGAUCCUGUAGAGCCUGGCGCUAACAUCACCCUGGAUGCUCCCAACAAUGUCUCAUUUGUCGGGGACACUGUCACCUACACCUGCUCCCCUGGCACAUUCUUGCCUCAGACAUACCCCAAUGUGAAGGACAGAAAGGUUCUGACAUGCAAGCCACGUGGCCGCUGGGAACCAACGCUGCAAAAUCCUUACUGUGCCAAAUUGUGCAUGAAUGAUCCACCAUCCAGUCCAGACCAACUUGGGGUGCUCCUUGCUGCCCCUGUCACCUCUACCUGGGACGGCUUCACCAGGGAGGUCGGGACAAAGGUUGAGCUGGAGUGCACUGAUGGCCGAGUACUUCCCUCCCUCCAGGCCAACAUGACAGUCGAAUGUGGUGAGGAUGAGACCUGGACACAAGUGGACAUUAACUCUCUCAUCUGCAGACGAGUGGCACCAGAGGACCCCCCACAACCCCCUGGCAGUGAGGUGGAGGGCCCCACACCCGACAACUACUGGGAGGGGGACACGGUGAGCUACCACUGCCCUCCUGAUCAAAUGUCCCUCACUGGCACCACCAUCACCACCGCUCACUUCAAUGGCUCUGAGUGGCUGCUGGAGGACCCUGACUUCAGUUGCCAUCCUGUGUGCAUGAGUGACCCGCCAAUGCCUCAGACACCUGGCAACUAUAACUGGAAUGGCUGGAGCAGGGUUGUCAACACACAGGUUGAGUUGACAUGUCCUGAUAACUACCUGUUUGCCAACCUCAUCUCUUCCAUCAACAUCACCUGUGAGUACGACACCUUGGAAUGGACUUCUGUGGAUCUAGACACCCUCCACUGCAGAAUAUUGGCACCAGAGGACCCCCCACAACCCCCUGGCAGUGAGGUGGAGGGCCCCACACCCGACAACUACUGGGAGGGGGACGUGGUGAAUUACCGCUGCCCUCCUGACCAAAUGUCCCUCAUCGGCACCUACACCACCACCGCUCACUUCAAUGGCUUCGAGUGGCUGCUGGAGGACCCUGACUUCAGCUGCCAUCCUGCAUGUUGGAGUGACCCUGCAACACCUCAGCCACCUGGCAUCCACACCUGGAACGGCUGGAGCAAGGUUGUUGAUACACAGGUGGAGCUGACGUGUCCUGAUAACUACCUGUUCGCCAACCUCAAUGCCUCCAUCAACAUCACCUGUGAGCCUGACACCCUGGAUUGGACCUUUGUGGAUCCAGACAUUCUCCGCUGCAGAAUAUUGGCACUUGAGGAUCCCCCAUUACCUCUGCGUAGUGUGCUAGAGGACCCGUCACCAGACUAUUACUGGGAGGGGGAUGAGGUGCACUACAGCUGCUUCCCUGACCACCUCUCCCUCACUGGUACCAACACCACCACUGCUCACUUCAAUGGCUCCCACUGGCUACUGCAGGACCCUGACUUUGGCUGCCACCCCUUGUGCAUUGGGCCACCACCACAGCCAGGGAAGCACACGAUCCAGCAGUAUGCCGGGGGGGACGUGUGGGGGGGCCGUGGUCAUCUACACCUGCUCCACACAGUUCAUUGAUGGCAACACAACUAUUAACGUCACCUGCCAUGAAGGAAACUGGACCCUCACUAAGUUGCCACAGUGUGAAGGUGAGUGUUGCAAGUCUCCUCUAGACCUUUCUACCUGCGUCUAUCUAAGGUUCAUAUCAAAGCUAGUUCUAAGUUUGUAGAGGAAGUUAAUAGGGUUUUCAAAGGUGUUGUAAGACUCCUCAAGCUCUUUCUACCUCUAUCUAUCAAAGGUGAGUGUUGCAAGCCUCCUUUAGACCUUUCUACCAGUGACUAUCUAUUUAAGGUCCAUAUCUAAGCUAGUUCUAAGUUUGUAUUGGAAAUUAUUAGGGUUUUCAAAGCUUUUGUAAGCCUCCUUAAACUCCUUUUACUUCUAUCUAUCUAAGGUUCUCACUCUCAAACAUUUAGUGCCUUAUAUAAGCUAGUCCUAGUAGUCUACUGAUAGUUAUUAGGGUUUUCAAAGGUGUUGCAAGCCUCUAUCUCCAUUUAUCUAAGGUCCUAACUCUCAAAUAUUCAGGAAAAAUGUUCAUUCUAAGCCAACACUUGAAUUUCUCAUUACAAAUAUGUGUACAUACAUAGGUAGUAAGUUGUUACCUGCUUUAAUACCUGAUUCCUUUUCAUCAUACAAAAGGGUUCCAGUGAUUUGUAAUUUUCAUCUUUACACAAACCAAUCUUUUAAUGUUAUAAUGUUUUAAUUCCAGAUGGAGCUAAGCUGAAAAAUAUAACCCCUAUCAUUGUCUUUUUUUAUAAACUCUUAUCUUCUUUUUCCAGAAUCAGAUAACAAAUACAUGAGCUUUUAUGAUUUUAAAAAACACAAUAUCACUGUAUUUAGUAGGCUGUGAACUAAAAAAAAAAGGGGAAAAAAAAUUCAUGAAUAUAUAAAUCAAUACUUUGAACUUCAUGAAAAAAACAAGCAUUCAGUUUGAUUAUAACUCUUCUCAUUACAGCAAGUCAAACUUAAUAAAUGAACAUACCUCAGGUACCUAAUGAACACUUCCCAGAUUUUGCAGGUGUGUUGAGAGUCCAGCAGUAAAAAGUAUUCAUGCAAACUAUGUAUAUACUCGCUGCUUAUUUCCUUCAUUCUUUACCGUACAUUUCUAUUCAUCUUCAUCUCAUUCAGGAGGAGGAAAUGGAGAGAGAGAGAGAGAGAGAGAGAGGAGAGAGGAGA